AUGUUAGGUUUUCUUGUUGCCCUUCAAAUCAUCGACCCUUCCGACAAAUGUUAUUUCAACCCUCUCCCUUCCAUACCAACCUCGACUGCCAACCGUACCGUACCAUGGGGCCAGCCAACGAUUCAAUUCGCAAAUGGCACGACAUGCUGUUCUUCACUGAAUGAAAUUCGAGUACAGCUGGACACCAUCGAUGCGCAAUUAGUGCAGCUAUUAUCAACAAGAGCUUCGUAUGUCAGAGAAGCGACCCGCUUCAAGUCUACCGUUUCAGAUGUCAACGAUCCGUCUCGGAAUCAGCAGGUGAUACAGGGCGCUGUUGAUGCCGCUCCAUCAGUGCAUCUGCCACAGAUCGUCGCUGAGGUGGUGUAUGAGGGUAUAAUAAAUUCUAGUGUGACCUUUGAGGAAUGCAUAUUCAAUACAUACAGAGAGCUUCACUUGAAAGCACAACCAGCUUAG